AUGCCUCCCCGCCGCGUCACGCGCGCUGAAGCCAAGGCGUUCCUGCGUCGUCUCGACGGGAAGGAAGGCGCAGAACGCGCCCGGCUGCUUGAAGAGCACCGCGCGUAUGUCGACGGUACGCGUGACCGCGGUGCUGACUUUGGUGACGACGUUGCGGCUACGUACCAGAAGAAGGGCGCACUAGUGGGGUACUCCAAUUUGCUGGCAAGAGCGCCGCGAUUGAAAGGGAAGGCGCCAGUCGCAACAUUGCAUGCAGAAGAGCUUGCUACCGAUGCUGCUUCUGCUGAUGAGGAUGGGAGUGACAGCGGAGACGAAGAUUACGUGGAAACAGGAGAAGACCAAGGAAAUGACGACGUCGAGUUUGACAUGGCGACAGCGCCAGAGAUCACAACACCGAAGAAGGCGGCGAAGAAGAAAAGACCGGCAAAGGCGCCUGGCAAGGCCAAAGCAAAAGACACUGGGUCAGCAGAAUGGUACGAGGACAUGGACAAUCUUGAAGAUGUUGUGGAUGCUGAGAUUCCAAGCGAGAGCGACACGGAGACGAGUGAUGAGCUGUCACUAGAUGCGCCUCCAACUGGCGAUUCACCGAGUUCUACACCUGCAGUUGGCGCAGCUUCUACAACAAACCGUCGCGGGGGACAGCGACCUCCACGAAGUAAGGAGGAGGCCGAACGCUGGAAGGGCAUCAUUGACAAUUGGCGCUGGCGAAAACGCAGAGCAAAGUGGUCCCCUCAGGCUGAGCUGCAGCUAGGUGCCGUACUGCAUGUCUUCCAUGCGCUCCGCGGCAGCAACGGAAUGCUGGCAAUGCAGUGUCAACCUGUUAGCAAGGUGCGUGUCGAUACAUCCGAUGCGGCGUCUCGCCGCGCGUUCCAGUUUCUCCAUCCGAGCAGCCGCAACCGUCCCGCGAGGAUGCUCCACAACCAGCCCUUUACGGGGCAAGGCAAGUAUACUGCGUACCUUGAAUGGGGUUACAUAUUGAAGAGUACGGAGCCAGCCGUACAAGUACCAAGUCGGCUCGUUCAGCGACGUGUGCUUCCGUUUGCUUCCACAAAUCGACGUGAUGUGGUGGCGGGGAUUCCGUUGUGGGCGGCCACAUGCGUCCAGUCACCGCCGACACGGAGGCAGUCGAGAACACGAGCUCUGGCAAAUGCGAGGUGCGGGGCUCUGGACAUCUUGGGAUACAAAGCUCGCUACAACUUCUUGAGAGGAACAUCUAUUCUGUGGGGACCAUUCAAACUAACCGGUUUCAUCGCUCAGUUGCAAGCCCAGCUACUACAAGUGGGGUCAGCCAAAUUUGCAAACACGACCAGUUACACCACUGCAUGGCGACGCUCCACCGUCCACCCACCAGCUAAAGAUGGACGACGAAUGGGUGGAGGUGAAUUGAAUUUGAAAGCGACGUCAACAGCAGUGCAAGGUCUGUACUAUACGGAAAACAAGCAGUACACAGCGGCAGGUGACGCGAUUCUACUGUCCUGGCUGCAUGUCUACUUGUGUGACAAGGUGCGCCAAGCACAUUACCCCAAUAACAACCAUACUUGCUUCUCCAUUUGGCACCAACUUUGGCGCAAUGGAAGCGAGCGCCCACAGCCGCGCCACGGCCGCGGUAUCCAGCUGAGCCCCCCCCCCAACAAAGCGGGCGGAAGGACAAGAGGGUCGUGA